GAAGGGGGCCGGUCAAGGGAAGUGCGACGUGUCUGAGAAGCCUUUUUAUACCUCCUUCCCUGGAGCCUGGCAGCCACUGCCGCCAUCCACUUCUCUGCGCCCUGGACCCGGGCUCCGCCACGGCCGCACCAUGUCGGGGGUCAAGAAGAAGACGGACCAGCAAAAAUCCACCAAUGUGGUCUACCAGGCCCAUCAUGUAAGCAGAAAUAAGAGAGGACAGGUGGUCGGAACCAGGGGAGGAUUCCGAGGAUGUACCGUGUGGCUAACAGGUCUCUCUGGUGCUGGAAAAACAACCAUAAGUUUUGCUUUGGAGGAGUACCUUGUAUCUCACGCCAUCCCUUGUUACUCCCUGGAUGGGGACAAUGUCCGUCAUGGCCUUAACAAGAACCUGGGAUUCUCUUCUGGGGACCGGGAAGAGAACAUCCGCCGGAUCGCUGAGGUGGCCAAGCUCUUUGCUGACGCUGGCCUGGUCUGCAUUACCAGCUUCAUUUCUCCAUUUGCAAAGGAUCGUGAAAAUGCCCGAAAAAUCCACGAAUUAGCAGGACUCCCGUUCUUUGAGAUCUUUGUGGAUGCGCCUUUGAACAUCUGUGAAAGCCGAGAUGUAAAGGGGCUCUACAAGCGGGCACGAGCAGGAGAGAUUAAAGGGUUUACAGGCAUCGACUCUGAUUAUGAGAAACCCGAAACUCCAGAGUGCGUGCUCAAGACCAACUUGUCCUCAGUAAGCGACUGUGUGCAGCAGGUGGUGGAGCUUCUGCAAGAGCAGAACAUUGUACCCCACGCCACCGUCAAGGGCAUCCACGAACUCUUUGUGCCAGAAAACAAAAUUGAUCAAGUCCGAGCUGAGGCUGACUCUCUCCCGUCACUAUUAAUAACCAAGCUGGACCUUCAGUGGGUGCAGGUUCUGAGUGAAGGCUGGGCCACGCCCCUCAAAGGUUUCAUGCGGGAGAAGGAGUACUUGCAGACGCUACAUUUCGACACUCUGCUGGAUGGCAUGGCCCACCAUGAUGGCGUCAUCAACAUGAGCAUUCCCAUCGUACUGCCUGUUUCUGCGGAUGACAAAGCUCGGCUCGAAGGCUGCAUCAAGUUUGCCUUGAUGUAUGAAGGCCGGAGGGUGGCUGUACUACAAGACCCUGAGUUCUACGAGCACAGGAAAGAAGAGCGUUGCUCUCGCGUGUGGGGGACAGCCACUGCAAAGCACCCCCACAUCAAAAUGGUGAUGGAAGGAAAUGUUGUUAUUCCACUCAUUUAUUUCAAAACUUUCCAAAUCACUUUCUAA